AUGCGCAACCUUUCAGUAUUAUUACACCGAGCUAUUGCGCUGCCGUCGACUUCUCCGCAAGCAAACCUCAGGAUCGAAGCAACAGCCACCGACCUCGAAGACGGCUCAGUUUACGCCAUUGCCACUUCUCGCACCUCUCCAAACGCAGCAGAUGUAACUCUUACCUUCUUAAGAGCUAACGACGAUGGUCUGGGCUUCAUGAGGUUUAAUUCUUUGCUUGUUCCUGGUCGGUUGCUUGACUUGCCAGGGUCAUCGACCGCUGUUGCCUCGACUUCAGGUCGCAGUCCAAGGGAUGUUAUUGACCUGCACUACCUUUCGGAUGGCGGGCAAGAAGCGCAGAAUAAGCCAGCACUCUGCACGGUCUCAGCUGGCGGCGACCUGCUUCUUUUGCCACUUCCGAGCGGAUAUGAAGCUGUCGACGAUGCCCCAACGUCAGAGCCUUCCGUGGUGGGAACCAUCGAGCAAGGUAUUACAGCUGCAGCAUGGAGCCCAGAUGACGAGUUGAUGGUCAUCGUAACAUCAGAGACACCAGAGAACAAGUCAUCAACAAGGAGAAGGGAAGGCGAGAAGGUGCUACUGAUGACAAGAGACUUUGAAGUCCUCUCCGAAGUCAGCCUUCGAACCGAUAGCUUUGGGGAAGAUGAAGCUGUCGAUGUUGGUUGGGGCAGCAAGGCUACACAAUUUCAUGGCUCAGAAGGCAAAGCGGCGGCUGCAGCUGCAGCGGCCGCCGCUGCAGCUGCAAAGGAGAGCAAGAUUGACACGCGAGGACCAAGGCUCCCAGACGACGAUGGCAGGCCACGCAUCAGUUGGCGAGGCGACGGUGCCUUCUUUGCUAUCAGCUCUCUCGAACCCUUCCUGGACGAGACCAUGACAGAGCCAUCAUGGCAUCGCAUCAUUCGCAUCUACUCAAGGACAGGCGCUUUGUCGGCCACUUCCGAUCCUUCAGUUCGCGGAAUCUCUCAGACGCUCGCUUUUCGACCCAUCGGCAACCUCAUCGCAAGCACACAAAGAUUCGGACCAUCAGACGUAGAAGGUCAGGUGUGGAGUCAGGGACGCAAGGGCAGACAUGACGUUGUCUUCUUCGAGCGAAAUGGUCUGCGUCACGGCGAGUUCAGCUUGCGAGAAGAGUCUGCCUCCCAACCGGAAGGCACUCAGAUCGGAUGGAACGAGUCCCAGAAGGAAGGUCCAUGGACGCGAAUGCACUAUGUCCGAGAACUUGCAUGGAACGCUGAUGGCACAGCACUUGCAGUCUGGCUCACUCGAGUCACAAGCGCUGAUCAAGGCGAUGCUCCACACGACGUUGUUCAAAUCUACACCACGGGCAACUAUCAUUGGUACCUCAAGCAAGAAUUUGUCGCUUCGACCUCAAACAGCAAUGUUGAGCAGGUCAAGUGGCAUUCUGAGGACCCUCUCCAGCUGCUCGUUGCGCACACUGAUCGUGUCGAACAGUGCUUUUUUGCCCUUGAGACAGUCACUUCUUCCGGUCGACCUCCUCUCGAUGUCGCUUGCGUCGCUGUCGCGGAUGGCGCAGCAGUCUUGCUGACUCCGUUCCGAAUGCAGAACGUGCCACCGCCGAUGUCGUCGCUCAGCCUUCUGACACCUCCUGCCGGCUCCUCGAUGAAGGCGAGCUCAGCUCAGGCAGUUACAGUGCCUUGUCACACGGCAUGGUCUCAAUUACCAGGCAAAACUGCUGACGAUGCUGUUGGUAUCAAGGCUAGCGUCUUCCAGAAUGGAUACGUUCAGGUUUGGCGAUUUGAGUGGGGUGUUGUAGGUGGAAAGCUUCAAGUUGGAGGUAAGCCUGUGGCACAGCCAGAACUGAUUGCUACGGUACAGCUUUCUGGAGAGACAGCCUAUGCUCACCAGAUUGCUGUUGCAGGAUGGUCUGCAUCCUCGCUGAAGGACGGCGAGACAUGCAAGAUUUCAGUUGCUGUACUCAGCUCCGAAGAACAGGGUGCUGUCGUGGACCGCAUUGACCUCGUGCAGGCCAAGAACGCCGAUUCAAUCGAGGUCAGCUCUCCGGAGUCCAUCCAGAUGCCGGGGUACGGAAAGCGACGUCUGGUGUCUGACCCAUUCGUGCCAUCGUCAAUAACGUCGCCGAGCUUCUACAUCGAAGGAGAGGACGGUGCGGUGCACGUACUCGCCGACUCUGAACCCAAGCUGUUGACAAAGAUUGAACGCUUUUGCAAUGACUUGCGCAUCCUCGCAAGCGGUAAGGCGGGUCAGCAUAGCAAGGUCAUCGGUCUGGCCUCUAACGGUCGCCUGUUUGCUGAAAGUCAAGUCAUCGCAAAGGACGCAACAUCUUUCAUCCUGGUCGGUGUCUUCUUGGUUUGGACCAACACUUCCCACGAGGCAAGGUUCCUCCCCUUGACCUCUCUGCGGUGGACAGCAAGCAGCAACGAUGGAAGAGAACCAGGCAACACCUCAGAAGCUGUGGACUUGGGUCGACGAGUCGAGCGCGGUAGUCGCAUCGUCACUGCUGUUCCCUCCGCCAUGUCACUCAUCCUGCAAAUGCCUCGUGGCAACCUCGAAACGAUCUACCCUCGCCCUCUUGUGCUCGAGGUAGUCCGACGCAACAUCGACGCCAAACGCUACGGCGCUGCUUUCCGCAUCUGCCGCACACACCGUAUGGACGUCAACAUCCUCUACGACCACGAUCCCGAGUCGUUCAUGGCCAACGUAGCUACCUUCGUCCAACAGGUCGCUGAUGUCGACUAUCUCAACCUCUUCCUCUCCGGCCUCCGUGAUGAGGAUGUCACAACUACCCUCUACAAGCCGCUCACAGCUCAGAUUGCCCCUGCCGCCGGCACUUCAUCUGACACUGCUGGAAGCAAAGCAGGCAAAGUCAACAAAGUCUGCGAUGCAAUUCGUGCCGAACUCGAAAAGCUUGACUCGCGCAAGUACAUCCAAUCCAUCCUCACAACCCACGUGCGCAAGGUUCCCGCCGAUUACGAAGCUGGUCUAUCCCUCCUCUUGCGGCUGAAACAAGAGGAUCCAGAGACAACAGAAGAAGCGGUCAAAUAUAUCAUCUUCCUCGCUGACGCCGAUAAGCUGUUUGACGUUGCGUUGGGGAUGUACGAUUUCACGCUGACACUGAUGGUUGCGCAACAUGCUAAGCGUAAAGAUCCGCGGGAAUAUUUGCCGUUCUUGCGCGAGUUGCGCACUUUGUCGCCGCCCGAGUAUCAGAAGUUCCGUAUUGACGAUCACUUGGGUCGUCAUGCUAAAGCCCUCUCGUGGCUGAUUAAGUCUGGGGCUGACCACCAUCGCGAAGCAUCGUCGUAUGUUGAUAAGCACAAACUCUACCACGAGGCGCUGGAGCUCUACGGUAAUGAGGGGGGAAGUCGGUUGAGAGACGCAUACGAGUUGUUCGGAGAAUACCUUCUCACGCGUCGAAAGUUCGAUGAUGCUGGAGCAGCGUUCCAACUCGCCGGCAAAACCAGGAAAGCGCUGGAUGCGUACAGAUCGAGCACGAACUGGGCAGAAGCAAUCCGACUUGCAUUUGUCGAAAAGCUGCCCGCAUCUGAGAUCGUCGCUAUGGCUAAAAGCAUCGUCGACGAACUAGAGACGUCGCGUCGGUACAUCGAAGCAGCCCGUGUUUGCCUCGAAUACGUUCGCGAUGUCGAACAAGCGGUAACACUUCUCUGCCGUGGCAGCGACUUUUCUGAAGCCCGGCGCAUUCUCACGACAUACAACCGACUCGAUCUCAUCGAAGUCACUCUCCACCCACUGCUCAUCGAAUCAGCAAAUACCCUCCUAGAGGACGUCUCCGAAAUGGACGACCAGCUCACCAGACAGCUCGGCCGGAUCAAAGAGCUGCGAGAGAAACGUGCUGCUAUCCAAGCCGAAGGUGGACUCUACAAUGGUGGAGAACUCGAGAAUGACCCGGCUUUGGACAAUUUGGAUAUCAUGUCCGACACAUCCACCCAGAUGACCCAAUUCACACGCUACACACGUGCAACCUCCAUCGUCUCGCAGCAAUCCUCCCUUGCAACGUUCUCCACCACAUCAGGCUCUCGUAAAAAGGAAGCUAAACUCAAGAAAAAGGCAGAACGCCAAAAAGCAGGUGGCAAAAAAGGAACCAUUUUCGAAGAAGAUUAUCUCUACAGCUCCAUUCAGAAGCUUCUCAAAGAUCGGUUGGGGACGCUACAAUCCGAUGCGGGGAAGCUUUUGCCGCAUUUGCUCUGUGCAAGUUCCAAUACGGUUAGGGGUAGAGCAAGGAAGGUGAGUGAGGCGGUGGAUGGGAUUGAGAAGAUAGCGAAUGAUGCGGUGGAGAAGCUGUGGGAUUAUAGUAGGGAGGACGAUGAUGCGAGGUUUGAAGAGUUGGUGAAAUUUGAACAGGAGAUUUUGGCUGGUGGGGUAGGGGAGAAUCCGACGUUGGCUGCGAUGAAGUUUAGAAUGAUUGCGAAUCGAAGGGUGCCGAGAGGCAAAUUGGAGGUUGCUGAUGGACGGUGGCGGAUGGUGUUGCUUGAUAGGAGUGCCUAA